AUGCCACCAAAGAUUCAACAAUCAAAAGCUGCUAAAGCUGCUGCCGCCAUGGCCGGUGGUAAAAAAUCAAAGAAGAAGUGGUCCAAAGGUAGAGUUAAAGACAAAGCUCAACACAUUGUCAUUUUAGAUCAAGAAAAAUAUGAUAAAAUCGUUAAAGAUGUUCCAACUUUCAGAUACAUUUCAGUUUCUGUCUUAGUUGAUCGUUUAAAAGUUGGUGGUUCAAUUGCUCGUCAAGCUAUUCAACAAUUAGAACGUGAAGGUCAAAUUAAAAGAAUCUCUAGACAUUCAAGUCAAUUGAUUUACACCCGUGCUUCUGCUUCAGAAUAA